AUGAGCCAAGAGAAUAUAACACAUACACCGUCACGCGAUAGCCAUAGAGAACAUGAAAACAUAGAAAACGAGACUCUUUCGCCAUUAAAUUCAACAAAGAUCAGAGAUGGGUUUUCCAAUACUCAAUCACAGAAAAGAGGACCCACCACUCCUUUGACUCCAAUGAACAAACAGCAUAAUGUUAUAAGACGUAAAAUGGAAGAAGAACCCGGUCGGAUUCGGGAUAUCCUCAGUUUUGGAAAGGAUCAAAGCAUAGAUAUAAUAGACUUGAACUAUCGAAAUUGGGUACUAAAUGAAAAUUUAAAAAAGCACCAAGAUAUCGUUGAAUUCAUGGAGUUGGAACGCAGAUUCUUAUUAGAAUAA